GUUCGUAGGGCGGGAUUCAAAGUAUCUACCAUGGCAACCGUAAAGAGGCGCGUAAUGUAGUUCGCUGUUCGUCUGCAUGUUGUUUGGAGAUUCGGAAAAGGGUUUUUCAAGAUGACACUUUCAGCCCUGAUAGCGUUGCUCGCAAUAAACUUUGCCUUUGGAGCCGGCCUUGAAGAUAAUCACUAUAUUGAUCAACAGCACAACCCUGGACAUGAUGUUAAUGUGCUUAUUGGCAAUCAGAACACCAAAGAAACGGGUCAAAUGGACCCAUCGCAGCAGAGGGAGAAAAUAAUUGAGAUAGUCAAAAAGAUUGAUAUCAACUCUGAUAAAAUGUUAUCAACAGAGGAGCUGGCUCUGUGGAUCCAGCAGGUCUACAGAAAAUAUGCACUGGAAGAUGUGGAGGAGCGCUUCCCUAAGUUCGACCCGAACGCAGACGGCGUGGUGUCUUGGGAGGAGUACAACACGCAACAAGGGCUCAUCACCCUCGACGAUGCUGCGGUUUUGAACGACCCUGAACAAGAGUCCAUCAGAUAUCUGAGCUUGAAGGAGAAAAGGCGCUUUGAUUUCGCUGAUGUGGACGACACAGCAGGGCUUAAUCUGCCAGAGUUUCUCGCCUUCACGCACCCCUCUGAGGUGGAUCAUAUGGCCGACUUCACCAUUGAGGAUGUGUUGAGCGAAUAUGACCGGGAUGGUGAUGGAUUCAUCAGUCUAACAGAGUUUAUUGGGGAUGUCCGUGGCAAUGGAGAUAGCACUCCAUCUCAGUGGGAGGUGGAGGAAACUGUGCGUUUUAAAGAGCUCUACGACCAGGAUAAAGACGGCAAACUGAACCCCCAAGAGCAGCUUCGCUGGGUGGCUCCCAAUAGUUACGGGUCAGCAAGGGAAGAGGCUCUUCAUCUAGUCAAGGAAAUGGAUCAUGAUGGAGAUGGGAAAAUCUCAGAGGCAGAGGUCCUGAAAAAUCAAGAGUCAUUCAUGAACAGUGAAGUGACAGACUACGGUCGCCAACUGAUCACGUCACACGACGAAUUAUAACUUCGCUAUUAAUGUUCAUGUGUGCACAAACUCUAAAUCUGGCUUCUAUUUUGUAUUAUUCCAAAAAGAAAUCUCUUACAUAUCUUAUUUUUUUAAGAAAUGAAUUAAUUAACACUAUAUGAGCAAUGGAUAUCUGAGGUACUGCUGUAUUGCAGUUAUUAUUCAGAAGUUAUCCCCUCACCUUAUUUGCAGUUAUUAACUAACCAGUAGAAGAAAGAAAUCUUUGUGUUCACUCUGGAUGUGCUUUGGUGGGAUGUGCAAUGCAGCUGUUCCUCAUUCAAACAACCGAGGCACUGGUGAGUGUAAAGGCUGGUUUCCUGAAUGUGUCACAAAGAGUUUCAGUUCAUAUGAACCCUGAUAUGCAUGGCCCGUCAAAUCUUUUUGGAAGGCAAGCUUUGCAUAGUGAACUCGACUGAGGGACCGUUCAAAGGGACUAUUAUCUACCGGCUGUUAAAAUGGCUUUACAAUUCAAAGAUGUCUUUUGGGUAAGUGGGCCAAUUAUGUUAUUAAACCUAAUUAACUAAUGCAUUAAGUAGCUAUUUAUGUUACUGUUUCAGUAAGGUUGUGUAUGUGUACAUGAAUUAAAACAAUGCGUAAUGAAA